AGAAGGGUGUGUUUUUCCUGCUGUGCUACAUUCCCACAUCCACCGUUGUGUUGAGAAAGAGAGAGCGGCAGAAUCAUCAGAAGAGCGUCUGACUUGUUGCUGCACACUCCUGAAAGAUGAAGAAGUUGAUCCUCGACGUGGACACAGGGGUGGACGACGCCAUGGCGAUCAUGAUGGCCCUCGCCGCCCCUAAUGUUGAGAUUUUGGGCAUCACCUGCUGCCAUGGGAACACCCCUUUGCAAAACGUCCUGAAGAACACGUUGCGGGUGCUGAAGGUGUGCGGCAGACUGGAUAUCCCGGUGUACCGCGGCUGUGCUGAGCCCGUGCUGGCUAUAAAACGUAACGCCGGAGAUUUUCAUGGAAAGGACGGGCUGGGGGACGCCCCGGAUCCCGACGCUCCGGGCCUGGACCUGCUGAAUAAGAGGAAUGCUGUAAAGGCCAUGAUCGAGAUUGUGAAAGAAAACCCUGGAGAGGUGAGUAUCGUUGCCACGGCGCCCCUCACUAACCUGGCUGUCGCUGCACAACUGGACUCCUCCUUCCCUAAGAAAGUGAAAUCGCUCUACAUCAUGGGAGGAAACACCGAUUCCAGAGGUAACACCACAAUCUGCGGAGAGUUUAACUUUGUCGCCGAUCCUGAAGCGGCGUUCAUCGUGCUCGACCGCUUCACCUGCCCCACCUACAUCGCCGCCUGGGAGUUCAGCUGCAGAAACAGCCUGUCCUGGUCUUUCUGUGACAAAUGGCUCUCCCAGGACACGGACAAGGCUCGCUUCAUGCAGAAGAUUUACGCUCACACCAGGAAGAUGCUGAAGACUGAGGAGUUUCAGAAGGAGAUGGUGGGCGUGUUUGGGUUCAACAGCUGUGACUGUUACGCCUUAGCUGCAGCGAUUGACGACUCUGUGGUGACGGAGAGUGAAGAGGUUGCAGUGACGGUGGAGCUGGAGGGGAAACACACCCGAGGCAUGAUGGUGCUGGACCAGUUGGACCUGCUGAAGAAGAAACACAAGGCCAUCAUCAUGAAGACAGCCGACAAGGGGAAGUUCAAGAAACUGUUGAUGAAUGCACUCGAAUAGAAAUCUUUGAAACAUGCAGGACGUAGCAGAUUAAAGAAUGAAAUAAACUCUACAGGACCAUUUAA